AUGAAGCUCUUGUUCACAGCCUCCAUCUUCUUCAUCCUGUUGGCCUGCUGCCGUCCAGUCUCAAGUCUCGAUCUUCCUGACGCAUGGAAGAAAGUCCUCGACCAAAGCUCUGGUAAGCACUACUACUGGAACACGUUGAGCGGAGAGACCCAAUGGGAGAGGCCAUGGAGCAUGAAAGAAGAAGAGUUGGAUGACCUCGACGACAUGGUCACCGGCGCAGGGAUCGAAGAGAUCGACCACCAGGUGCUACAGCCGACCACUGAGACGUCCGACGAUCUCUUCGAUUACAGUGAGGGAGUCUCCGAGCAGCUGAAAGAGGACGCCAAGAAGGCGAGGGAGGCAAGCAUGAAGAAGCAGGGAUCCGACGGACAACGCAAGCCUUCAGCGGACAAGGAGACAGGCGUUCUUUCUGAGAGCUUCUUCCGUAAGGCAGACGCGGACGGGAACGGAGGAUUGGAUGAGAAGGAGUUUGCCAAGGCCCUGAAGCAGCUGAACUUCUCCCUGGACGGCAACGAGGAGCAGCAGGAGCUGAAGGAAUUCUUCGAAGCCAAGGGCAAGCACGGAAAGGCUCUGCUGGGAUGGCAGGAAUGGAAGGUUCUCAUUGAAGAUCUGAUGGCUUCCGACCACGACGACAAGGGUCACUUGGCCCAGCAGCACGGGAAGGAGCAUCGAGGGGAAGAGGGCAGUCCGCAAAUCGGAGAGUACGACAAGGAGGUCUUCAACUCCUUCGACUUGGAUGGCUCAGGAGAGCUCGACCGCCACGAGCUCCUCGUCCUUCUGCGGAACCGAGAUGCUCCUGAAGUAGCGGAAGGGUCUUACAACGCAAUGAUGGAGGAGCUGGACAAGGAUGGCAACGGGGCCCUGUCCUUGCACGAAUGGUAUCGCGAUGUUUCGCCGGGAGACUUCGUGGAUCUCUUGAGAGGGCAACGCAAAGCUUGAUCGAUUAAAUUGUAGCUUGAUUUCUUUUCUUAAAUGGAUGUACAGCUUU